GGCUGUCGUUUGUUUGGAGGCUGUCAACACGCCGAUAGCCCCCCAGACCGGGCGGUGUAAACAUACACGGAACAGCGCCGUGCAGAGGGGCUGCAGCCAGUCUCCGUCCGCCGGCUCCAUGAAUGAGUAGGCUCGUUUUAAAGCCCCGCUGCUGACCGUGUGGACGGAAAAAGGAGCUGGUCUCUGCUCCCAUCAUUGUGCGGGACGACGCAGGCGGCACACCGGGCGCUCCUCGACGACCAUGGCAGCGGCGACCGUGGUGGAGGCAGAUCCGACAACGAGCGACGGCGGGGCGGCUUUCUCCGGCGUGCAGAGCCGCGGCUGGGAUGAAGCUCAACUCCGCAAGUACUCCUUCCCGACUCAGCCGAUCCCCAGGCUGUCUCACACCGACCCCCGAGCGGAGAUGCUGAUCAACAACGAGGAGCCAGUGGUUUUAACUGACACAAACCUCGUGUACCCAGCUCUAAAAUGGGACAUCGCGUACCUCCAGGAGAACAUUGGGAAUGGAGAUUUCUCCGUCUACACUGCAGAAAACCACAAGUUUCUCUACUAUGAUGAGAAAAAAAUGACCAACUUUGAGAACUUUGUCCCCAAGUCUCGACGGAUGGAGAUGAAAUUCUCCGAAUUUGUUGAUAAAAUGCAUCAAACAGAAGAAAUGGGAGGAGAGGAGAGAGUAUACCUGCAGCAGACCCUGAAUGACACAGUGGGGAAGAAGAUUGUUGUUGACUUUCUCGGUUUCAACUGGAACUGGAUCAACAAGCAGCAAGCCAAGAGAAACUGGGGGCAGCUGACAUCCAACCUGCUGCUCAUCGGCAUGGAGGGCAAUGUGACACCGGCGCAUUACGACGAGCAGCAGAACUUCUUCGCACAAAUCAAAGGCCAUAAAAGAUGUAUCCUCUUCCCUCCAGACCAGUUUGAGUGUCUCUAUCCUUAUCCUGUACAUCACCCCUGCGACAGGCAGAGCCAGGUUGAUUUUGACAACCCGGACUAUGAGAUGUUUCCCAAUUUCAAAAACGUUGUUGGCUAUGAGGCUGUUGUGGGCCCUGGAGAUGUGCUGUACAUCCCGAUGUAUUGGUGGCAUCACAUUGAAUCAUUGCUAAAUGGCGGAGUAACGAUCACUGUAAACUUCUGGUACAAAGGUGCUCCGACACCAAAGCGGAUAGAGUACCCUCUGCGAGCUCAUCAAAAGGUGGCCAUCAUGAGGAAUAUUGAGAAAAUGCUGGGAGAAGCACUUGGAGAUCCACAUGAAGUUGGACCUUUACUGAAAACGAUGAUCAAGGGGCGAUAUGACCAGGAUCACAGUUAGAGCUCCCGCCUCUAACUGAGAAAAGUAAACUGCUUUGAAUACGGUAUGCAUGUGAAAGUGACACUGCUGUGUGUGUGUGAGUAAGUGUGUGUAAUGCACAUGUUAUCUGUGGAGCUACACAUUGCUGCAUGGCAACAAGCAACCAUCAGUCUGCUUCAAUCAUCUCCGAGUGCCAUCGCCAUGGCGACCUGCCACCUUUGCAGAAGAAACACCGGACUAACUCAAGGGAAGUUGAAGAACUUUUCCUCUCUGAAGACAAAGCCUGAUUUGGCCUCCGUGUUUGCUCAGCAGUCCCACAGUAGUCAGCUCUCAGGACUGUUUGAGAUCGGUACCUUUUGGAAAGCCUGAUUGUUUUGACCACUAAUAAAAAAAAGGUAAUCGUGAUUUUUCAUAUACGUGUACCGUAGACAAGUCAGAUGACUCCCAUACACAACACGUAAGGCGGUGGAGGCCUGAUUGGUUGAUUUUAGAUUGUCAUAUUGUAGUCUCCAUUUUCAGUGUCACAGUUUCUUUGCGAGUGACAUGGCUUCAGCAUCGGCACAAGUUUCAACCGCUCACGAGUAAAGUGACCUACAAACUGAUAACGUUUAACAAAUGUGUGUGAGGAAGAUUAGUAUUUGGCUGAAGGAGUGCUAUCAGCAGAGUUUUUUUUUUUUAAAUGGAGUGAUUGCUUUUUUAUUUUAUAAAAGCUCAUUUGUAUAUUAAUGACUUCAUUAGACAUGCUACUGUUGGUCUGUGUAAUAGUAAUUAAAGAGAGGGUUGCUGCUGAUAAAUGACACUGCAAAUUGUAGUUGCAAAUGUUAAGUUUCAGGAUUAGAAGUAAACAUAGUUGCGAAAUGCUGGUGGAGAAACUUCUCAGGAGUGAUCCAAAUGAUGAGAAUCCAUUAAUUGAGUUGAGUUAUACAUUUUACUGGUGUUGAAAGGCUCCAGUGGAAUGAAUCCGUAGUGUCUGUGCUUCAGCUCACCUGUUUCUGUCUCGUAGCUUGUCAUUCUGCUGAGCUUGAGGUUGACACACUCAUCAGUUCAGGUGUUUUUGAGCAGGAAUGUCUGAAACGUGCAGGACGGAGGCCCUCUGGUGCCAGGAUCAGACACCAUUACCAAAAGAUGAGCUUUUUUUGAGUAUCUGCAGUGCAGCAUAAAGCGCCAUCUAGUGGCCACUUAUUUUAAAGUAAGCAGUCGUAACUGGAGCAGGUCUGAGUUAAAACAUGUCUGCAGCGUGUGCAAGAAGAGCGGUUCCGAGCAUGGAAGGGAUGGCAGUGCCAGCCCAAAAUGCUCUCCUGACACAUGAUGUACCUUUAACAA